AUGAAAGAACCCCGGAUUUUCCCUAGAGAGCGGCCAACUCCUUGGACUCGUGCUCAGUUGCCACCUCGAGGACGGCUCGACGGUUCCCUGGGACCACAGGGGGGUCCUGUUUUGAACACAGGCCACCCGCUAGGCAUGAAUUCUGAUCCCUUCCUCAUGGCAUCCGGUUCUCUUGGUGGAAAUCUGGCCCCAUUUCCAAGGAACCCAUCGCCUUUUCCAACUUCAUCAGGCUCAUUGGCUUCGAAUCCAGCACCUUUCCCUGCUGGUGCUCGUGACCCAGGCAUGGCUUCUUUCCCAAGAGGGAUGAAUCCCACUGGUGCAGGUGCAGUUUCUUUCCCAAGGCCCGGUGGCCUUUUGGGCCCAGGCCCAGGGCCAUCUCUAAACCCUAGGGCAGGGGCUCUUCCAGGUCCAGGGCCUCUGUCUAACCCAAGGUUAGGGGGUCUCCCAGGGCCGGGUCCUAUGUCCAACCCAAGGUCAGGUGGUCUCCUGGGAACGGGUCCUGACCCCAGAAGUGGCGGCCCUAUGGGCCCUGGGCCUGGGCCCAACCUGAGAGCAGGUGUCCUGUUGACUCCUGGGAAUGGUCCCCCUAAUCCUAGGCCCGUUGGCCUGGGACCAGGACCAAGUCCCAAUCUGAGGUCAGGCUUCGUUGGUACAAACCCUGCCCCGAGGUCGGGUAUGUUUCCAGGCCCGGGCCUUGGGCCCAGCCCAGGCCCUAAUGUGGACACCAGAGCGGGUGGCCUCCUGGGCACAGGAUCUGGUCUUAACUUAAGAAUGGCUGGACCUCAAGGCUUAGAUCUUGCCCCCAUUCUAAGAGCAGCAGGUCUUUUAGGAGCAAAUUCAGCUGCUUUCUCACAGGCUUCUGGAAACAUGGGCACAAGCCCAUCCUCUAUGGCAAGAGUACCUGGCCCCAUAGGCCCAAACUCCGGUCCUGGCUCUCGGGGAAUUGGCCUUCCAGGGCCAAAUCCAUCCAUGUCCAGGGCUCCUGGCCCCAUAGGUCCUAAUUCAGCUCAUUUUUCAAGGCCAGCUGGGCCCAUGGGGGUAAAUGCGAAUCCCUUUCCAAGGGGGACAGGUUCAGGGGGCCUGAAUCCAGCUGCCUUCUCUCAGUCCUCUGGCACGUUGGCUUCAAAUCCAUCUACCUUCCAGAGGUCUGCUGGCCUCCAGGGCUCAAGUCCAGCAAUUUUCCCAAGAACCUCUGGGCCACUAGGUCCCAACCCAGCUAACUUCCCAAGGGCCAGUGGCUUGCAGGGUCCAAGUCCCGCUGCCUUCCCAAGGUCUACUGGCCCAUUAGGCCCUGGUCAGGUUACUUUCCCCCGGUCAGCUCCUGGGCCCCUGGGCUCUUCUCCAGCAGGCCCUGUGGGUAUCAACCCAGCUCCUUUUGCAAGGCCAUCUGGGACCCUGGGUCUAAACCCAGCUUCCUUUCCAAGGAUGAAUGGCCCUGUAAGCAAGACUUUGGUCCCGUUUCCUAGAGUGGGGAGCCUCCCUGGCACAAACCCAGCUGCUUUCCCCAGACCAGGGGGUCCAAUGGCUGCAAUGUACCCAAAUGGAAUGUUACCCCCUUAA